AUGGCGGUUGUCACUGUGAAAGACACAGAAGUCCACCCUCAAAACCCGCCAAAGUUCGAUAAAAUUGAGGACAUGGCAAUGUUAACCUUCCUGCAUGAGCCUGCUGUGCUGUUUAACCUCAAAGAGCGUUACGCAGCCUCGAUGAUCUAUUGUACAACCAUGAAGUUGUUCUUGCUUACAGAGGCAAGAAGAGGAGUGAAGCUCCUGGAACAACGGAAGGCCAGUGAUUCUAUAAAAGGAAUCCGUAAAUAUGAGCGCCGCAUCAAGGAGCUCACUUACCAGACUGAAGAAGACAAGAAGAAUCUGCAUCGUCUUCAGGAUCUGGUAGACAAACUGCAGCUGAAGGUCAAGUCCUACAAGAGAUCAGCAGAGGAGGCUGAGGAGCAAUCCAACAGUAACCUGGGCAAGUUCCGCAAGCUGCAGCAUGAGCUGGAUGAGGCCGAGGAGAGAGCUGAUAUAGCUGAGUCUCAGGUCAACAAGAUGAGAGCCAAGAGCCAUGAUGCUGGUGGAAAGAAAGGGCACGAUGAAGAGUGAAGCUCUAUCUUGGGCCUUUUCUGAAACCAUUGAGUGCGGUGCUGUGGAGGUUGCCUUUGGCUCCC